UUGACCCGUUCAUUCCAUGAAGCUGUUUUUCCCCCUUCCUGUUUUCUGUCAGGAAGCUGGGGAAAUGAACACAAGGUGCUCAUUGCAGAUCUCUGGCGGAACUCUGACUGGUGCCAUUUGACAGUCAAGUGCUGCUUUUUCAAGUAACAUGCUUUGCAAGCCAGUGGCAAGUUAGCAUAACUCGGGCAUUCGAGCCAGUAAGAAGUUGCCUUCAGUAGAAGAUUGGGGGAGAAAAACAGCCUUCAGUGAGCUCCUGAGUGCCUUAUGUGUCUUAUGUGAGAUAAUAAAUGUCCUCAUUUUGAAAGAGCCUGGAACAAAGCUACAUCUUAUGCCUCAUGGAGAACAGUAUGGCCCAGCCCAGAUGAAUGCGUGUCUGAUAUUUACUUAGGUGUGCAGAAGAUGCAGCGAUUUUAUCACCCACUCUCCAUUGCUGCCAGUCAACAAGACUGAAAUGGAAGUUGGUCUGAGGAUCGGCCAUGUGGCUAACGGCACUGGCUUGUCAGCUUGGCUGUUGGUACUGCCAUGUGGGUAUGCCCUGCUGUCCAGUUUCCAUACACGUCAUACAAAAUAAGGGAACAUUAGUGAACAAUGUGUGCAACUUAUGAUCUGGGUCUUGAUGAUUGCUGGGGACUUUAGACUUGUAAAGGAAUGUGGAUACUACCAGCUGCUUAAUAGACAAUGGUUCGGCGGGGACUAGUGACAUGGCUCCCUCAGAUGAUAGUUCUGCUGGUGGUGCUCUGCUGUACAGUAUCCGUGCUCUACAUGUUGGCCUGCACACCCAGAGGUGACAACCAGCAGCUUGCCUUUCCCAGGGCCAAUAGCCCUACAGGAAAAGAAGAAUAUCAGGCUAUCCUAAGGGAAAGGGAGGAACAUCAUUGGGACUACAUCAACAUGCUGAAGAGGCAGAUUGCCCAGCUGAAGGAUGAACUCCAGGAGAGGAGUGAGCAACUGAAAACCAUGCAAGGCCACAGCACUGAUUUGUUAGGAGUGGGGGUUGACCAGGGGCACCCUGAGAAACCCCAGAAGGACCUAAUGCAGUUCCUGCAUUCCCAGGUUAGCAAAGCAGAGGUCCAUACUGGCGUGAAGCUGCCAACGGAAUAUGCUGCAGUCCCCUUUGAGAGCUUCACCCUUCAGAAAGUGUACCAACUGGAGAUGGGUCUUACGCGCCACCCUGAGGAGAAACCAGUGCGGAAGGACAAGCGGGAUGAGUUGGUGGAGGCUAUUGAGUUUGGCUUGGAAACUCUGAAUAGCCCAGAGAGCAAUGGCAACACAAAUCGUCAGAUGUAUUCCACUUCUGACUUCAUAGAAGGCAUCUACCGCACAGAAAGAGAUAAAGGCACCCUAUAUGAGUUGACAUUCAAAGGCAACAAAGAAUAUGAAUUCAAGCAAAUUGCCCUAUUCAGACCAUUUGGGCCCAUCAUGAAAGUCAAGAACGAAAACCUCAAUAUGGCCUACACCCUGAUUAACGUUAUAGUCCCACUGGCAAAAAGGGCCAGCAAAUUUCAGCAAUUCAUGCAGAAUUUCAGGGAAAUGGGCAUCCAGCAGGACAGAAGGAUUCACCUCACUGUUGUUUACUUUGGGAAAGAGCAAAUGAGUGAAGUGAAAGGAAUCCUGGAGAACACUUCCAAAUCAGCAAACUUCAAGAAUUUUACCUUCAUCCAACUGAAUGAAGAGUUCUCCAGAGGGAAAGGCUUAGAUGUGGGUGCACGCGUUUGGAAAGGAAGCAAUGUUGUUCUCUUUUUCUGUGAUGUAGAUAUAUACUUCACAGCAGAAUUUCUCAACACAUGUAGAGUGAACACACAGCCAGGGAAGAAGGUAUUUUAUCCAGUUCUUUUUAGCCAAUAUAACCCAAGUCUAAUUUAUGGACAUCAUGAUUCUAUCCCACCCUUAGAACAGCAAUUGGUAAUAAAAAAAGAGACAGGGUUUUGGAGAGACUUUGGGUUUGGAAUGACUUGCCAAUACCGCUCUGAUUAUAUCAACAUCGGAGGAUUUGAUCUUGAUAUUAAAGGGUGGGGAGGAGAGGAUGUUCACCUGUACCGUAAAUAUCUGCACAGCAACCUUAUUGUGGUCAGGACACCUGUCCGGGGCCUUUUCCAUCUCUGGCAUGAAAAGCAUUGCCUAGAUGAACUGACCCCAGAGCAGUACAAGAUGUGCAUUCAGUCCAAAGCCAUGAAUGAAGCUUCUCAUGGCCAGCUAGGGAUGCUGGUCUUCAGACGGGAAAUUGAGGCUCAUCGGCGCAAACAGAAAGCCAGCAAUAAGAAGACUUGAAGCCAAAAAGUGUCUUACUCAAAGAACCUGAAAAUCAAACUAAGAAGGGUGUUCAAAAAAUUAAGUCUUGGAAGGUAAGAUGACCUAAGUGAUCAACUCCUGCCCUUUGCAGGGCUCUUGAUAAGAACUUACUGUUUUCUCUAAUCUUCCUGAAUAUCACACCACAUAAUUGGUUGAUACGGUUAAAGCACAGAAAAUCGCAAUUUGUUUUAGCCAAUUGUUUGAUAUUUGAAGUAUAAACAAGAUUGUUUUUCAACUUUGAUUGAUAUAUGAUGAAAUUGUGCAACAGUUUACAUUUUCACCCAGAUAGCCAGGCACUCAUAAAACUACUCUCAUUGAAUUAAAUCAGGGGUUCCUAACCAGUGGUACUCCAGAUGUUGCUGGACUACAACUUCCAUCACCCCCAGCCACAAUUAUUUGUAGCUGGGGGGUGAUGGGAGUUGUAGUUCAGCAACAUCUGGAGUAUCACCGAUUGGGAACCUGUGAUUUAACUCAGUCAUGUUCAAAUGAGAUUACUGAUGAUAGACCUGAUCAAGCAUUAGUCAUACUGCAUUGUAACUUGUGGUCUUGGACAAGAUGUACACCCCGAUCUGGAUAAUGCAUCCAUAUUAGCUAUCUCUCCUGCUAUACUGGGAUAUUCAGGUAUCUUUAUACCCUUCAAAGAAGGUAAAAAGCUCCUACAUUCCAUAAACCAUACUGGUUAUGUUGCAAAAUUCCCUAGGACCAGAAUGAAGUCACAUGUUAAGUUUAAUUCAGAUAGACAGAGCAUCAGACAAUCAAAGUUCACUUUCCAUAGAAAAUAUCAGAAGAAAAGGAUCUUUCACAACCAGAAAACUAAUUAUACUCAGAUAUGAAAUGAAAAGAGCAAACAAACAGAGCCCGAUACCACUACUGAUUUACAUCAAUUCACCCACCCUCCCCCAAAAGGAAAUAAAAGCCAUAUAUUCUGCACUUGUGCAGACUAAGUAAAUGCAAUAUGGUCAUUUGUUCUUGUGUACUGUUAGACAUCAUUUUUGUUUGUCCUAAAAAAUGCACUUUUGCUUGUGUGGCACUUUGUGCAUUUUAAAACAUAAAUACUUGCUGAGAAGCAGCACAGUUUACCUUUUCUGGACUGACCUAUCAAAUGGAUUUGUAAGUGAACUCAAAUGUGCCUCCAAUGUAGCAUUUAUCAUGAAAGAAAUCAGAAUGAAUUAUAUACUGUUUACAUCCAGGAAUGAUAUUUAGCAGAAAGAGAGUAUUCCUCAGAUAAGAACCUAUUAGUAUUGCAAACUAACAAAGCCUUUCCAUCCUACUGAACAAGAGACAAAGACCAAAUGCAAGGUGAAAUUAUAGAGAAAUUCAAAAACAAAUGAAGGAUGCCUGUUCAAUAGUUCAUAGUCCAAAUAUUCAUGUACAAACCAAAUAAAGCUUAUUUUCCACUGCACAAUGGUAGGUGUAGCCUCCCCCAUCCAACCCACCCCUAUUGCUGAGCCACUAUUUCAUUCAGGGCUGGUUUGGAAGAUAUGUCUGCUGAACUGUACUGAACGCAUGGGUGUGCACAUCUUCCACUAUCCCUGAUAUGCCAUCCCAUUGCUGCCUAAUCAUGGUUCAUACUGCAUUAAUUCACAGAUUUAGGGGCAGUUUGCAUAAACCACCUGCCCAUGCAAUUAGAUGGCAGCAGGACAGUGUGGCAGGGGGUGGGGGAAGGGGAGGUGUACACCCAUGCUGCUCUCCCACAUGUUUAGGAUGCUGGUAGAUGUAUCAUCUGAACCAGCCCUUGGUGGGUAAGGCAGAAACUAUUAUCAUUAUUUAUUAUUUAAACUCUACGUUAUGAGGUAAAUAGAACAUGCCCAACCUUACGCUUUCCUUGUAAGACACAAGGAUAGACAACAGGAGCACUAGGGGAGAAUUGCUUGUGUGCAUAUGAGUGCUGCUAAAUGUGUGUCAGGGAGAGACAGUAGUGGAGUGUGUGUGUGUGUGUGUGUGUGUGUGUGAGAGAGAGAGAGAGAGAGAAGACCUGUUGCUGUGUGUGUAUGAGUGCAUAUCAGAGGCGGCAAGAGAACUGUUUGUGUCAGAAUGUUGUGCUACUAAACGUGUCAGUUUGUGAGAGUAGUACUGCUACAUGUGAGGGUGAGAGAGAAAUGCUGGUAGAUAGGUGUGUGUAGGGGUGUAGCAAGGUUGGAGUGGGCCCAGAGACAAGAAUUUAAAAUGCCCCCACCCCCCUGAAGCUCAGCUCAUGAAGUAAAGAAAUCUUAAAUGAGGCUGAAUAGUGGUAACAAAAAACCUAUGUGCCACAAUAGAUCAUCCUAAAUUAUUUUUUAAACGGUUUUGUAAAUUGUGGAUGAUGCAAGUCAUUUAAUGGUACUAGAGAAAAAGGCAGGCUGUGGCAUGUCUCCUGUGCAUGAAACAAAAAAUACUCCUACCGACGUGUGAGAAGAAAUGGCUGCUGGUGCGUGUAAGUCCUUUUUGUGUGUGAAUGGGAGAAUUCACAUCCAUUGUCACCUAUCUUGAUCCCCUAUCUGUAAAAUAUGUAAAAUGUUUAUCCGUGCUUUUCUUUGAUUAAAUACCUCAUGUUGUGA